GAUGUUGUAGUAAGUGAAAAGGGGCGGAGGGGGGAGGAGGGUGCAGCUCUCUGUUACUACGUCAGUGGACAUCACAGGGGCACACAGGACCUUUUUGCUUCAGGUACUCGGGGUGACUCCCUGCACGACAAAAAAAAGAGAGAAGCGAAUCCCGGUCACCCUAAAACGCGCUCACCUUCCCACUGAAAGGAUUUGGUAACCGAGAGCACGCUGGCCAAAGUCCAACAACAACAACAGCAGCAGCAGCAGUGCAGUGCAGUGGAGCAGGGAGCUGUCCGCGGUUCUGAAUUCACCAGCUAACAGAAAUCCCCAUUGCACACUCAUGUGUUUGGGCCGCUUCUGAUAGUUCCCAUUCCUAGCAGCAACCGACCACCACCUCCACAUCCAAGAUGGACGACGACGGGCGCUACAGAGAUGGGCGCUCAGACUUUGUCCGCGGCGCCAAAGACAUUGCCAAAGUGGCCAAAAAACAGGUCGGCAAGAAGAUGGGGCGUGGCGUGGACAAAAUGGCCGACGAAUACACCAAGCGCUCCUAUAAACGCUUCGAGGAGGAAGAUGAUGAUGAAGACUACGGCGGCGUGCCGAGUAGCAACGACGGCGGAUAUUACCGCAAUGAUAGCCGGGCCAAUGACGAUGAAGGCCACAGCGACUCCACAGAAGGACACGACGAGGAUGAUGAGAUCUAUGAAGGAGAGUACCAGGGCAUCCCCAGGGCUGACUCGGGCAAGCCUGGCGGCAUAGAUGGGGUGACAGCGGCCCAGGGGCAGCAGUUCAGGGAUCUGUCAGCCUACGAGAGCGAGAGGAGGAAAGACCAGGAGGAGCUGGCUGAACAGUACGAGACCAUCCUGCAGGAGUGUGGCCACGGGAAGUUCCAGUGGACACUCUAUUUUGUCCUGGGGCUCGCGUUGAUGGCGGAUGGCGUGGAGAUCUUUGUAGUUGGCUUCGUGCUGCCCAGCGCAGAGAAGGACAUGUGUCUAUCUGAGCCCAACAAGGGCAUGCUGGGUCUGAUCGUGUACCUGGGGAUGAUGGUUGGGGCCUUCGUGUGGGGCGGCCUGGCUGAUCGGAUUGGCCGACGGCAGACCCUCCUCAUCUCCCUCUCCAUCAACAGCGUGUUUGCAUUCUUCUCAUCCUUCGUCCAGGGCUACGUCUCCUUUCUCUUCUGCCGCCUGGCCUCUGGUGUGGGUAUUGGCGGCUCCAUCCCCAUCGUGUUUUCCUAUUACUCUGAGUUCCUGGCUCGGGAGAAGCGAGGAGAGCAUCUGAGCUGGCUCUGCAUGUUCUGGAUGAUCGGUGGUAUCUACGCCUCUGCCAUGGCCUGGGCCAUUAUCCCACACUACGGAUGGAGUUUCCAAAUGGGCUCAGCCUACCAAUUCCACAGCUGGCGUGUCUUUGUGUUGGUGUGUGCCUUACCCUCUGUGGCAGCCAUCUCUGCCCUCACCACCAUGCCCGAGAGCCCCCGCUUCUACCUGGAGAAUGGGAAACAUGACGAGGCGUGGAUGAUUCUGAAGCAGGUCCAUGACACCAACAUGAGGGCCAAGGGUUACCCAGAGAGGGUCUUCUCUGUGACCACCAUCAAAACAGUAAAGCAGAUGGAUGACCUGGUGAACUUGGGCGACGGUGCUGCCUGGCAUCAGAAAUGGAAGAUAAAGCUCUCAACACUUUUCCAUCAGGUGUGGAGUAAUUUCCUGACCAUUUUCUCCCCUGAGUACCGCCGCACCACCUACAUGAUGAUGGCUGUGUGGUUCUCUAUGUCCUUCAGCUACUACGGUCUAACAGUGUGGUUCCCCGACAUGAUCAAGUACCUGCAGAAGCAGGAGUACCACUCGCGCACCAAGUUUUUUGCCAAGGAGAAAGUAGAACAUGUCACCUUUAACUUCACCCUGGAAAACCAAGUCCAUCGCCAGGGAGAGUACUUCAAUGACAAGUUUAUGAACCUGAAAAUGAGAUCUAUGGUGUUUGAGGACUCGCUGUUUGAGGAGUGUUACUUUGAGGACAUCACCUCCAGCAACACCUUUUUCAAGAACUGCACCUUUAUUGCCACCCUCUUCUACAAUACAGAUCUCUUCAAGUAUAGGUUGGUCAACUGUAAGCUCAUCAACAGCACUUUCCUGCACAACAAAGAAGGCUGCCUGCUCAGUGACGUCAGUGAUGAGAACAAUGCAUACAUGGUCUACUUCGUCAGUUUCCUGGGCACGUUGGCUGUGUUGCCGGGCAACAUUGUCUCCGCGCUGCUCAUGGACAAGAUCGGACGGCUGAGGAUGCUAGCUGGCUCCAGUGUGAUCUCUUGCGUCAGUUGUUUCUUCCUUACCUUCGGCAACAGCGAGUCAGCCAUGAUUGCUCUGCUCUGCCUGUUCGGGGGAAUCAGCAUCGCUUCCUGGAAUGCUCUGGAUGUGCUAACUGUCGAGCUCUACCCUUCUGACAAGAGAACCACAGCAUUUGGCUUCCUCAACGCCCUCUGUAAAUUAGCGGCUGUUUUAGGCAUAAGCAUCUUCACCUCCUUUGUUGGUAUCACCAAGGCUGUGCCCAUCCUCUUUGCCUCGGGGGCGCUGGCAGUGGGCAGUUUUCUGGCCCUCAAACUACCAGAGACGCGAGGUCAGGUGCUGCAAUAGUGUGGCGCCAACAACUCUCCGAGGGGCAGAAGAGUUUUCACCACACUGUGAAAGAACAGCUCAAGAGCCCUCCAAAUCCUUCCCUCUAACCCCUCUCUCAAAAUGAUAGAGUAAAGUUUGUGCACAUAACACAGCAAGAAAAGCGACACAGAUCUGCUGUAAAUAUUUUGGAUUGGAGAUUAAGGUAAUAGUGAAGCUGUGGAAAACUAUUAGAGCGCUCAAAUAAACAUUGAGCUGAGACAAAUUGUUCAUGAUUGCUCAGAAUUGUUGCCGAAACGUGAUGCAAACAUUUUAUAUUAACAUGUUCAGUGAGAGCAUGACAUUUCAUUCCUCUCGGAUAAAUUAGUACAUUUAGAUUUAGGCCCAAAUACAAGUACAAACACCUGGGGUUGGAGGUCAGAAUGGGGGUUCUUGAUAAUGAGCCAUGUAAAUAGACUCAUAGAAAUGACCACUAGCCAUUGUUACAGAGUUCUCUCUAGUCACCUCCAUUCUUCUCAGCAAAUUCAACUCACCUGUCAAGUCCUGCAUUCUUUGCUGUUGUUGGACAUAGAAUCAAAAAUGUGACAUUUAAUGCCUUGAUUUGAAGCAUUUUUGACCAUGCGUGGUAAAACCAAGACACAGCUUUCUUGGUUUUCUCUUGAACAAAGACCUGUCCUCAUUCUUUGUCUCCUGGGGUUUUGUGUUGGUGUACAGAUUAACUGCCAUUUAUAGAUUAUAGAACAUUCCAGGUUUGCUUUUGUUACUAGAAUGUGACAUGGAGAUCAAUGGAGCCCCUACUCCCUUUAAAAUAUUGUUUCUGAUCACCUUCGUUAGAUCAUGAGAUCUUUCGAAUCAGUUAGCUUAAUGCUAAUGUUUCCCAUGCCAAGUGAACAUUGUGUGCUGUCAUGAUUUCUUCACAAAAAUGAAGAUGCUUGUUAAAGUAUACAUUUAAAGCACAACCAUUUGCCAGUGUGAAUUUCCCCAACAUUUUCUUGACUUGAUGAAAAUUUUCAGAAUCUCACACUUAAUCACCUUUUUUCAAUCAUACUGGAUAUCCCUUUGUAAGAAAUGCCUUCUUAGUACCUUUCCUCCCAGUCUUAUAGUAUGUUUGUCUCUUACAAUAUAUGUUUUGGAGGGUGUUAUGCAUGUCACAAAGUAUGUAUGUAAAUUUAUGAAAAUUGAGAGUACAACAUGUAAAAACAGCGAUUUGGACAAGUUGCACUUGCUCAUCGGUUAGUCUGGCUUAAGUCCCUGUAAUGCUUUGGCAUUUCCUUACCACAACAGACAGCACCAUGCUUUUAUUCUGCCGAUGGUAGCAGUGGUACCACGACAGUUGGUGAACUCCUUAGAGAACUUUCCACAGGAUGUUUUAAAUGAAAAUAUUCCUUUAUUACCUUAAAUCAUAUACACAUGUGGAGGAAAAGUAGGUAAUUACAAAGGAGAAAAAAAAUGUUACACAAAAAAGCUAGUUCUAGUUUUGAUGGUUUUAGUGCAGGUGUGUAAGAAAUGACCGACUUUGAUCUAUUUGUUUGUGUGAACUGAAUGUUUAUAUUAAUGUGAGUGUGCUUCUUAGUGCAAUAUUGAACCUCUGUGCAAUGUUGAGAUUUUAUUUAAUUUUGUCUAUAUUUAUAUAUUUUACCAUUUCAUGUUUGGCCAACAUCCUGGUUUUUGAUUGAAGUUUGUGGGGUAGCUAUCUUAUACGAUAAGUGAAAAUGGUGUAAAAAAGAAAGCAGUGUAAGGCAAAGUUGUUCUAUUUAAAAUUGUACUAAUUUGUGAUGUCCUUGCGUCACAUAACACGUUUAACAAUGAGGAAUAAUUUCAGUUCAAAGGAUUAUUCUACCACUGAAGGUAUGGAUUUCAAGUGCACUGGGACCUUGUGUUUACUAGUGCUUUAUUAUACAAAUGUAGCUAAAUAUAACCCGAGAUUCACCUUAGAGAAUUCACUGCCAAGGGCUGAUUGUCAUAUAUCCCACAUUAUAACCGCACAGUGUUGGCAGAAAUGAAUGCCACAUUCCCCUCAUCUAGAAAAGCAAGAGUGAUAUGUUCACAAUUGCAUGGUUGAGCAAAAACAAUCAGGAAAAUGUCAGAUUAACAAAAACAUUUUCGUCCAAACUGCCAUUUUGUAGGAUAGCAGCCAUACGUAGACUCAAAGACAGUUAAUAAUAAAAUAAAAUAUAUAGACAACCCAUUGCACUAAACAUACACUGUCAUACAUGCACAAUUGUGAAUGCCUUGAUUUCUUCAAAACACAAUCGGACGCAGUCUUGCUAGUGAUUUUAACGAAGAACAAGGUGAGCGUUAAGCAAGAGCACAAAGACCAAAACCUACCAAAUGACAAGAUUAUGAACAUAAGUGCAGUUGUGAACAUAGGUGCUUUGAGCUUUGAUGAUCUGCCCUUACAUUUCACUCCCUCUUUUGCAAAAUGAUAACCACCUAAUCAUCCAAAUUUGACAUCUGACCCAUUAUCUAUAAGUGUGCCAUGAGUACCACCUCUUAUUAAUUAUUGCCAAAUAUUUUGUAUGGCCUGAGUUUACACAUCACACUACCAAUUCUCUGUUAUAGAUAUGAAGAUAUGUAAAUAAAAGUAAUUAUAAUGUAACUAAUAAGAUAGCUCUUCACACAUUUGACCCCUGGAGAUAUACUAUAUUGCAGUCAGUCUUUGUAGGUUUUCAACCAUCUAACACGUAAUACCAAAACAAAUGGAUUUGUUAUAGUAAUGAAGAUUUAUCACAACUCAUUUGAUAACCUGUCUGCCUGAGUCAAGGUGCACUUGUUUUCAAACUGCAAGAAUUGAUGGCUUCCAAAGCCAAAAUGGUCAGAAAACAAAAUGUCCUCAUAUAAACACAUUGACAGUAUAUAAACACACAUAAGCUGUACAAAUAUAAAGGCUAUGCGUCAGGAGUUCUAUUCUCUGUAUGUUGUCCUGUAUCAACCAUGAAAUUUAAGAAGAUGUCAAGAUAACUGUUGUAUUUGUUCAACAUGGAAUGCUGUUAAAGCUCUGUCCUGUCUCGGUGACUCAGUUCAGGCUCGGUCCAAGUUAAAACUCUCUUGUAGAUACAUAUCUUAGCUUAUGGUACAGGGUUUUUUGUAUAAUUAACUUGUUGCCUGCGCAACAGUCAAUUGUGAGUGCAAAAAGUUAAAGCAAUAAGUGUUUGGGUAUUUGUCUCUUAUUCUCUUCUUUGAAGCUAUUGGGAAUUGGAGCACAUACUAUAUGCUGGCCUUGUCCACUAAAAUGCUGAGAGUUGGCUUAAUAAUGAAACAGCUAACAUUUGUGUGUACUCUACAACAACCCUCUUGAGGCUUUUGUCAACAAGAUUGCUUUGCCAUUAAUUAAAUGUAACAAAGAAUUUAUCACCUUUGUCAUUGUACUGUGCUGUAGAAACUAGUUGAUUGUAAGUAUAGAAACUGUUUGUGGAACCAUGAAUAUAAAAAAAAAGUUUAAAAAAAAAGUGUAAAUGAACAAUGCUGUCUUUGAUUUUGUGUAUUUUGUAAAUGACAAUGAAAUACAAGUAAUUACAUCAAUGUUAAAUACCGGUUAUAAAUCAUAGUUAGCCUAAAUGUGACAACAUCAGUUCUGUUAAACGGUGUGUAAGACCUUUUCUUAUAUUUUCUCCUUGUUGAUUUUUCUUUGGGUUUGCGCUGUGCUGUGCAACUGACCCUUUGGAAACACAAUGGAUAACAACAAAGAACCACGAAAUAAACAAAGUAUGAAAAGUCAA